AGAGCGUCAGUCGCAACAGCAACAUACGCAGCAGCUCCUCCAACAGCACCAUGGCAUCGGCAAAUCAUCGUGGCGGACGUGGCAACAUUGCCGGCACCACAAAUCCCGGCGGCGGUGGCGGUGGCAUCGGCGGACAUGGUGAUGCCAAUGCGGCUGGCUUACAAUUUGGAUCCGCCUGGUUUCAGCGCAAAAUCAAUCUAAGGCCGCAACAUCGGGGCGUUCAUCUCGUCACCGAGGAGAUAUUGCGACAAAUGCCCGAACUGACGCAAUUCUCUGUGGGAUUAUGUCACAUGCAAAUACUUCACACCUCGGCGAGUUUAGCGUUAAACGAGAGCUGGGAUCCAGACGUCAGAGACGAUAUGGAAAUGAUGUUGAAUAAAAUAGUUCCCGAAGGAUUGCCGUAUCGGCAUUCGUGCGAAGGACCCGACGAUAUGCCCGCACAUGUGAAGGCAUGCUUUUUGGGCAGCUCACUGACAAUCCCCAUUACCGAUGGCAAACUAUCGCUGGGCACGUGGCAGGGCGUUUGGCUCUGCGAGCAUCGCGACCAGGCCGGCAGUCGGAAGCUGGUAAUCACAUUGACCGGCUGUCCGCGCGAACAGGCCGUACGCAGUCCGUUGUCACCCGUCUCGCCGAUCGCCAGUACGUCCAGUUAGGGGCGGCCUCGCUCCACCCGCGACAGCCGGUAAUCGCGGGGGAGCGACAAUAAUGACAUCAUUUCGUCGAGGAAGUUGAUUUUACAAAAGAAUUUAGCUAGAGCCACAGCACAGCAGCGAGCAGCGGCCGUUAUUGCCGCUGGCCGUGGUCUAAUUGGAGCCGGAUCCGUUGCAGCGCCGGCGCCACCAUCUGCAGCAGCAACCGUUGCAACAACAACUGAUAAAAUGCAACGUUUACUUUUGCGUCAACGUUUGCAUUUGAAUCUCAAUUUAGAUGUAACGGAUGCAACGCUGCAGGAUGGCGUCGAUAUUGAUGAUGUUGAUGAGGAUGUCGGCGAUGAUUAUUACGUGGAAGAUGAUCAGGAUCUGGAUCAGGAUCAUCGUUCAGGUGUUAACGUUGCCGAUGUCGUCGUUGCUCAGGGCAGUGGGCAGCGACAUGAUGUUGGUGAUUAUUAUCUACAAAAAACCGUCACAACAGUGCCUCAAACCAAACAACAACAACUAAGACAUAAGAUCACCACAGCAACAACAACAACAACAGGAACAACAACAACAACAACAAGCAGCUCAUCAACAGCAUCUACUAGUGCAUUAGCUAAAUUCAAUCGUAUACUCGACGCUGCCAAACUGGAGCCACAUCGUGCCUCGUCAGCGUUUAGCAGCGCAACGUUGCAACAACGCCUGGCGCUGGCCUAUCCAGAGCAACAACAACAACAGCAGCAGCAACAGCAGCAGCAAGAGUUGCGACAAAUCAAUGACCUCCCACGUAGCAAUAGUCGUGGCAUUGCCGUCGUUAGCACACCAUUAACAUUGCAAGCACUAGACACAAUAAAACUCAAGACGGCAGCAAUGCAACACAAGCAGCAGCAGCAACAACAACAGCUGCAACACGACGCCGCUGAACAAACGAAACGAAAUGAUGUGCAUUAUUUGUUGAAACAGUUAAAUAGUUUUAGUGAUAUUGAAGAAAUAGAAAUUGUUGAUAUGAAGCAAAGACAGCAGCAACAGCAACAGCAAAGGCAGCAACAACAGCAGCAACCACAACCACAACAGCAACCACAACAGCAACCACAACAACAACGCACAACAGCUGCCUGUUCGAGCUCGUUGGAGCUCAUGCCCAUGUCCAGUUCAAUGUUGCCAAUUGCAACGGCAGCAUUGGGCACUUCGCCCUCGACACAGUCACACAAGGGCAACUUUAUGGUUAGUCAGGAUAGUUGUUCGACGACCCGUUUGCAAUUCGAUGAUUAUCUAUUCGAGUCGUGCCACUAUUUGGAGACAAACUAUUUUGCGGCUACGUAUCGCACUGCCAUGGUCGAGAGCUCAUCGCAUGAGUUUCGGCCGUCGACGACGACGCCGACGAGCACACGCUCGGACAGCUUUGAGCUGCACGAACUUGAGCCGCCGAGCGUUAUCUGUAAAGCGGCACCACCACCACCAUAUGGUCAGCAACAGCAGCAGCAGGCCGAGGUGCGGGUGACCAGCAGUGGUGUCCAAACAGAGCUCACUGUCGAUUCCCAGCUCAGCAGCGGUGCCAGCGGUGGCAGCAGUGGUUCCGGCAGUGGUUCGCCACGUGUGCCACCAUUUUUCAUUUGCUGCUACACGCCGCUAGAUCGGUGGCGUGCCAGGCGUCUGGGUGCCGCAGCGGCUGCCAAGCGUGCUGCGAGCACCGAGAAAAAUGGACAUGCUGUUUAAAAAGAAAGCACACACAGAACAAAAGCAAAAGCAAAAGCAAUAGCAAAACAACCAACCAACCAACCAACCAACCAACUAACUAGAAGCUGUGCUGUUUCAUUUGCGAUAUCAACAAGAGUUUCCAUUUCGAAGACACUCAAGAACAAACACACUUCGCCUAUUAAUCAUCAAUUUUUUAUAAACAAUUUAAUACACAACACAACACACAAUCAUUCGCACAUUUUUGCAAUACACAACAACAACAACAAAAAGAAGACAUUUCGAUAGUAAAAAUAUAUGAAAUUUGCAUAAAAUCAUUUUGUAUAAAUGAAAAAAUGGAUAUUUAACGCAUAUGUCAUAAUAAUUAAAGCUGUAAUUGAAUUGUUUCAUAAAUAAAAAAUAAAAGUAAUAACAAAAACCACGAGA